AGAAAUCCUCAGCCUCACACAUCGUACACAUCAAUGGCCUCCAUGGACGCUAUUAACAGCCCGAUACCAACUCCAGACCAUGACACGACUGUCGUAGUUGUUGUCUUUGUCUCUCUAGGUUGCGUUAUGUUCUUGGCAUUUCUAGCGUUUGUCAUUUGUUUCAUGAUCAAGAAGAAAUGCAAGAAGAACAGUGAUAAAAGUGAGAUAGUUCGUGUCGAUGAGCACUAUAAGAUGAACGAAGCUAUAGUCGAGGGACCUCAUGGACCAGAGGCAGUGGUACUAUCUGUUGAGGAUGAUGUUCAUAUUGAAGAUUUAGUCAAAAGGGAGAAAAUGGUGGGAAAAGACGGUUUAGUUGGAUCUUCCCGUUCGUAAAUGAGCCUUCACUCAUAAUAUUUCCACUUUAAGUUUAUAAUUUGGUUGUAGUUGUAUGAAUAUGUAUCAUUCCGUUUGGUAAAAUAAAAGGCGUCCGAGAUAAUUCAUGUAUA